UGUAAGAUUCUAAUUAGUAUGUUCAUGUCAUGUGCCUUGCAUUGGCUUUACUCAUGCAUCUAGCGUGACUACUAUUCCAUUUCAAUAGCGAAAAUAAAUAUCUCCCAAAUUAGCAUUUGUGGUAAAACAAUAUGGGCCCAAGCCCAGUAACAAUAGUGUUAUAUAAUGAUCCUUCUUCUUCACCAUCGGCAUAGAAACUCGAUAAGCGCGGCUUCUGUAAAGCUCCGAAGCUCAAAAAGCUUCAUCAAUGGCGUCUCUUCUCCUACCUUCAUCUCAACUUCUCCUCCGUAGUCGAAACCAACACAAUGUCCAACCAUUUCUCCUUCCUCGCUCCUCCCCCAAAACACCAUUCUUCGUCUCCUCCUCACCGUCUCUCCGUCAACACUCUACUUCCGCCUCAGCUUCUAAGAACCCACCGGAAACAUUCACGGCGGUGGCGACGACGGAUAAUAAAAAACAGCCGGAGAAGAAGCAUUUGAGCGAGGAGGAAGAAGCAGAAGAGGAUAUGCUGUGGAUUCAAGAGAAGGCGUUAAACUUAGUUGAGUUCACCGGAACGGUGGCUCAGGCGAUUCCAGGUCCCCGAGUUGGAAGCACCAAGUUGCCGUGGAUGCUCGCCGUUCCGUUAACUUACGCCGUCACCACUUUAGUCACCGCCGCCGUUAAAACCGUUAAUAACUUCACUUCUCCUAAAGCUCAGCCCAAGAAACUGGUAAACUCACUCUGUUUCUUGCUCUCUGUUGCACUCUGUUAUUGCUCUCUGUUAUCGCUCUCUGUUUUUACUCUGUUCCUAGUUCCUAGUUCCUACUCUCUGUUUCACACUGUUCCUGCUCUCUGUUUCACUCUGUUCCUGCUCUCUGUUUUUACUCUGUUCUUGCUCUCUGUUUCACUCUGUUCUUGGCCUCUGUUUCAAGGAAAUAUUCGGAGUUACAGAUGAAGACGCAGAGAAGCUGCGGAUACAUGCUCUUGCAGAAGCUGGAGACUUGGACUCACUUGAGAAAAUGGUGGGAGUUUGAGAAAGCGGCUGAUUCUUCUUCUUCUUCGGAUAGGGAAGAUUCAAAUGAAGAAGAUGACUCCAUUACUUUUGUCUUUUCACCUAUGGAAACAGAGGAAUAAUCUGAUCCAUAAUCAGACAUCUCGAACGGCUGCAUCUGUCUUUCAUGAUAUUGACAAAGAGAUGAGAAAUUUAAUCUCUGCAAGGAGAAAGAGGAAACACUUCCAAUCUCUUAUGAUUAUGUGGUUGAGAUAGUUUGUUUCUUGUUGGCUUAUUUUGAUCCAUCUUGUUUUUAUUCUUUUUUGCCAAGAUGGCUUCAAACUUUAGAUCUUACUUUGUAAAAUCUUUCUUCAUUAUAUGAUAUUUACAAUUUAGAAAAAAAAAAAAGAUGACUCCAUUACUUCUCCUUAGGAUACCUGUUCAAGAACCAACUUCAACACAAAAAAAAAGAUUCAUUUUUUUUUUCUAAUUAGUCACGAGUUGUUCUUAUGUGUACAACGUUAUUAUCCAGCCAACUAGAUUGUCUUUUGAUAUAAAGACAGUUUGUGUAAUAGAAAAAUCUAAGAUUCAGCACAACAAUACCAGUUGUGGCUUUUAUCAUACCUACAAUUAUAUAUAAUAGACUGAUUUAAC